AUGAGCGUGGAUGCAUUGGGAAGCCCCGUGAUGGACCCUACGUUUUCCAAACGGAACACGGCGCUGAGAUUAGUUGACUUGGCAGGGGCUCACCACCAUCACCAUCAUCACCACCAUACCCCUCAGAGCGUGACAGGCUUCCCGGGGUUCAGCAGCCAUCCACACUCAAUGGCUCACUCGCACCCUGGGGAGAUUACUGCGGAACCCCGCCUGGGGCCGAGUCCAUUCGGGCCAGAACACAUGGGGCACUCCGCGGCCCUCAAAAUCAGCCCAGCCCAUCAUUAUCCCCACCACCAUCACCACCACCACAAUCAUCAUAUGGCAGGCCACAGUGAAGUGGUCUCCAGUCAAACGGGAGCUUUUGGCCCGGUUCAGGCGACAACGGUCCCCUAUUCUAUGUCUCACACGGCCCAGGCGUUAUCCGCAGGUAGGGAUUUCCUCAUCCGAAGAGAUCUGACAGCUCAAGCCAUGCCAGUGCUGACUGACCAGACUCCUGGUUCAACUUCUCACCACGGAAUGUUUGUCUCAACAACAGGUAGCUAUCCGGGACACUAUGGUCACCACCCCGACGCUGGGAACCAUACCCUCUUCUCCGGACUCCAUCACGACCAGCCGUCUAGUGGAUCACCGGGUGGCCAAGCGUUGAAUGGACAAAUAAGGUUAGGACUACCUGGAGAAAUGUACGUUAGGUCUGAUCACUUGAGUCAAGUGACAAGCUCCAGGGCUGAUCCGUUCUCCGCCUCGCCUUUACAUGGCUACGGUGGUCUGAAUCUGAACAUGAAUCUUAGCGCUCACCACCACCACGGAGCCGGUGCCUUUUUCCGCUACAUGAGGCAGCCGAUAAAGCAAGAGCUUAUUUGCAAGUGGCUGGAGCCGGAGCACUCGCCGAAGAAACUUUGCUCCAAAACUUACAGCACCAUGCACGAACUAGUCACGCAUGUAACGGUAGAGCACGUUGGAGGACCAGAGCAGGCAAACCAUAUAUGUUUUUGGGAAGAGUGUCCGAGGGAAGGGAAACCAUUUAAAGCCAAGUACAAACUUGUAAAUCAUAUUCGAGUGCACACCGGGGAGAAACCGUUUCCAUGUCCAUUCCCUGGCUGUGGGAAAGUGUUUGCAAGAUCCGAGAAUCUUAAGAUUCAUAAAAGGACGCACACAGGCGAGAAGCCCUUCAAAUGUGAGUUUGAUGGCUGCGACAGACGCUUCGCCAACAGCAGUGACCGGAAGAAGCACUCCCACGUCCACACCAGCGAUAAGCCCUACAACUGCAAAGUGAGAGGCUGCGAUAAGUCCUACACACACCCCAGCUCCCUGAGGAAACACAUGAAGGUGCACUGCAAGUCCCCGCCGCCCAGCUCAGGCUACGAGUCGUCCACUCCGUCCCUGGUGUCUCCCUCAUCAGACUUGGGCCGGGAGCCAGGGGGCUCCUCGGUGCUGUCGGAGCCUGUGGGACCCUCCCAGCCUGCUAAUUUAAGUGAAUGGUACGUGUGCCAUAGUUCAGGUGCCAGCGGUGCCCAAACACCACCCAGCGGCCCCUCCACACCCGACCACACAGACGAGCCACCUUACAGAAACCCCGAGCCAAGGGACACGUUUUAACCCAACUGGAUUCAAACACAGUGCCAGCAGUGACAGAAUAUAUUCUCAAAAGCUCAACUAUUCAAAAAAUGGUUUGGCUUAGGUGCCUAUAUGCCUAUGAAGGCCCACUGGUCCCCAUUUGGAUGAGCCACCGUGCAGAAACCCCGAGCCAAGAGACGCGUUCAAACCACAUCGGGCGAACCUUAAAGACGUGCUAAUAUCCAGGCACAGUGAAAGAAUAUAUUUUCAAAAGCUCAGCUAUUCAAAAUGGUUUGGCUCAGUGCCUCUAAGCCCCUGACGGCCCACAUGUCCUCUUGUGGAGAAAUGAAAGUCACGUAAAUCCAUAGGCUAUCCGGUACAGGUUUAUUGUAGGCUAGGCAUGUUGGUGUAAAAUUAUUUUGUAAAUUCGAGCUUUGACUUCAAUAUCUUUUUAUUUAUUUUUCAAUCUGAUAUGAACGAUUUUGUAUAACCGAACCAAAGUGUUUCAACUAGGGCAAAAUGUACAUUUGUAAAUUUCUAAGUUUCGAUGUGUUGAUGUUGACAGUUUUGUAAGCAUCUGUCUUAAGCGGUUUCUAAUUGUUUACUACAGUUAUUUGUAUGAACAUAUUAUGUUUAAAACAGACAUAUUUUUUCCAUUUGUGCAGAGGGUCAGCAAUUGAAAUGUUUUCAUAAGCCUGCAGUAUUUGAUAUACAACCGUGAAAUUCUAAAUGUUUUAUCAAAGUGGG